AGCUUAUCAGCACAUCAGCUGUGGAAUCAGACACAAUAUGACGGCGAUUGGCACACAAACAUCAUCGAUAAUGAUAAAUGUAUGAUAUAACGAGUGCCACGGUCUACGGCACCGUUAAUACCUAAAGACUCCUAUGUCUUUAAAGCUAUGGGUUGAAUGGCGCGGAAGGAAAGUUUAAAUAUAUAAAAAAAUGCCUAAUUCAAUAUGCAAUUUGUCACAAAUAUCUUUGGACAAGAAGUAUGUGGAAUAUAUUUAAAAUCAGAAUAAUUGAAUAUUCUUUCUUCCGGAUGUCAUUGGUGUUUCUAAAAAUUAUACUAAUAUGAAUAAUAUUACAUCGGAGAAGCUUUCGUUAUAUUCGGUUCUUAGAAUCAAACGAGAUGACCUUAAGGAAUUUAUUUGCGGCUGGGGUGCCGCUGUUAUUAACGUCACUGUCACUUUCCCUAUUAAUAAAGUCAUAUUUAGACAGAUUUUGGAGGGAGUACCAGUGAGCACUGCAGUCGGGCAGAUAUCACGAGAGGGAAUACAAUUGCUGUAUCGUGGAAUUUUACCUCCUCUGUGCCAAAAGACUUUAUCCCUCAGUCUAAUGUUUAGCACGUACGAAGGAUGCAAACAGAGAUUUUGUUUGCUCACUGUGAAUGAUGUGCUGGCUAAGGUACUGGCGGCGAAUAUAGCGGGCACGGUGGAAGCUGUGCUUAUGCCGUUUGAGAGAGUACAAACGCUGCUGCAGGAUUGGCGAUAUCACGACAAAUUCAAGAAUACGCCCCAUGCGUUUAGGUAUCUUUUGACGAAUUAUGGCGUGUCUGAAUGUUAUCGCGGCAUGGUUCCUAUCAUAUAUAGAAACAGCUUGUCCAAUCUGAUGUUCUUCACUCUGCGAGAUCAGUCGAAAAUGUUGAUAGGCGAGCAGGAUUCAUUACUGACGAACUUUAUCAGCGGUGCGCUCAUCGGUGGCUUUACUAGCACAGUGUUUUAUCCAAUGAAUGUAAUCAAGAUACACAUGCAGACAAAAAUUGGUGGCGACUUCGAGAAAUUCCAAGUUGUGUUUCGCGAGAUAUAUGACUCCAGAAAUCGAAAUUUAGCUUCUUUUUACAAAGGCGUACACUUGAACUACAUGAGGUCUUUCAUUAGCUGGGGUGUGAUAAACGCAUCGUACGAUUUUUUGAAGAACAUUUUCCUUUAAAUUAUUUAAUGCAGAAAAGAAGUAUUUUUAUUUGUAUUUAUUUAGGAAAUUUAUUUCACUUCUCACUUUAUAUCAGAUAUUUUAAAUAAUAGUAGGAAAUUGUAUCUUUUGUAAAAAGAUGUGAUGGUUGCAGUCGCACAUAUUUCUUGAUAUAAAUAUGCGAUUGCACAUAGGAGAGAAGUCUAUUACAUAUUAUGUAAAAACUUACCUAUUUUAAUAUCUAUUUAGCUUUAAUAACUAAUUGGAGAUAAUGUUAGACUGACUUGUUUUCUUUUUAAUGAAUGAGAAAAAUCCGAGAUAAAUUUUAAAAAACACUGUUCUUUUCUAAAAGAUUGUAUGAUUUGUAUGUACAAAUCACAUAUAGAUAGGUCAUAGACUUCUAUAUAUAUAUAAUAUAGAAGCGUGAGAUAGGUGCAAUUAAUAAUUGUAGAAAAAAAUCUUUUUAAUAAUUUAAUCUUUUUUUUAUAAACACAAAUUUUAUGGUGAAUUUUUAGAUGAAAAUAUUUCAAACAUUCGUAAUUUAUGAGGUGGAAGAGAAUUACAAUCCAAUUAAUAAGAUGUAAACAACUUGCUCUAAAUUAUGAGCAAAAUACUUUUUCAUUAUUUUGAUAAACUAUAAUUGAUAAAACUAUAAUUAUUCCGUGUUUCGUGUUAUGCCAUAAUUGUAUAUAAUUAUAUUGAAAUACUUUAUAAAAAUUCUCUGGUUACAAUUGUAUAGGAAUAUUCUAUGAAAAAUCUCUGAAUUUCGAGACGCCUAAAAGUAUAUCACUGGAAUUCAGUGGCAUGAUUUGUAAUAUGUGAUAUGACAUUAUGUGUUAUAAUGUCUUAAUAAUCCAAAAAAAAAAAAUAGAAAUAUUGCAUGUUUAUUGGAUGUUUAUUAUAAUAAUGCAUACAUGAUAUUAUGUAAUAUAAAAAUUUCGAAGAGUUCUCUCAAAUAAUAUAGAAGAGAAGCAAUAUACAAUUUAUUAUUUAAAUACAAAAUACGAUUCCUUCAUAUGAUAUUAAUCUUAUAUCAUAUGUAUCAUGAUGGUAUAUAUUUUGUGAUACAUAGGAGUUUAUGAGAUAUGGUAACAAUUUCGAUCAAUGAACUGAAACAUGAUAUAAUGUUAUAACUAUAUGAUUAAAUAAUUCAAUUCACACAAAGUAAUUGAAGAAUUAUAUGUAUAUCAAACGAUAUUUAUAUUAUUAAUUGAAUAUUCAUGUUAUAUACUUGCGCUGGGACGCUGGGAAGAUGAAGAUGUAAAAAAAAUAAUGGAAAAUACAAUAUAAUUUCUGUAUUGAUUACAG